AUGGAGCACACAGAAUAUUACGACGGCAGCGAAGCAACAAGUUCUGCUUCUGGCGUGCAAACCCCAGAAUCCGCAGCAAGCAUGGCUUCCGUACCUCAUCCCUCGUCUUUUCCCGCCAUCGCUAUAGUCGGCAUGGGAAUGCGUCUGCCGGGCGGGAUCCACGAUGCAGCGUCAUACUGGGACCUCCUGGUCAACGGACGCACGACGCGCACGCCCAUCCCCAAGAGCAGGUUCGACAUGGACGCCUGGCACAACGUCACGAGUCGGCACGGGCACUUUUUGGCCGACGAGACGCUCCGCCGCCUCGACGCCGGGUUCUUUUCCUCGCUGAGCAGACAGGAGGCCGAGAUGAUGGACCCGCGGCAGAGGCUGCUGCUCGAGGUGGUGCACGAGGCGUUUGAGACGGCGGGCGAGACCCGGUGGACGGGCGCCGACGUGGGAGUAUACGUCGGGCAGAUGGGCAACGAGUGGGACGGCAUGGCCAUGCUGGAUAGGCAGGGUGCCAAGUCUGCCAGGCCAGAAGUGUCGGGCGACUACAUCGCUGCCAAUAGGGUAUCCUACCAGUUUGACCUCAGGGGACCAAGCAUGGUCGUGCGCACAGCCUGCUCCUCAUCCCUUGUCGCACUGCACCUAGCAUGCCAAGACAUAAACAGCGGAAACUGCAGGGCCGCUAUCGUCGCCGGCGUGAACCUGGCCAUUUCGCCUUCCGAAUGGUCCGUCAUGACGGAGCACGGUGUCCUCUCGCCCUCGGGUGAGUGCCGGAGCUUUGAUGCCGCGGGGGACGGCUUCCUGCGCGGGGAGGCCGUCUCGGCCAUCUACAUAAAACCCCUGGCUGAGGCGGUGCGAGACGGCGACCCAAUCAGGGCCGUCAUACGCGCCACUUGCGCAUCAAAUGAUGGUAGAGGUGCCGCGGGAGGGGGAAUCACAGUACCUGACUCGGCAAGCCAGGAACGUACCAUGAGGAAGGCCUAUGCGAUGGCUGGUAUCCAUGACUUGGAGAGCACCGCCAUGGUGGAGUGUCAUGCUACCGGCACAAAGGUCGGUGAUCCACUCGAGGCCGCCGCCGUGGCACAGGUCUGGGGAGACAAAGGAAUCAUCAUUGGCUCUGUCAAACCAAACAUUGGCCAUGGUGAAGGUGCAUCGGGAAUCUCGAGCAUCAUAAAGAUGGUUCUGGCGCUCGAGGCCAGAAAGAUACCCCCAAACAUCAACUUCAAAACGCCCAAUCCCCUGAUCCCUUGGAAAGCCGCAAAGCUCAUGGUGCCAACUCGAGCGCUUGAAUGGCCUGCAGAUCGCAAGGAGCGCGUUUCGGUCAACAGCUUUGGAAUAGCAGGCACAAACGCCCACGUCAUCCUCGAAUCCGCCGCAUGUGCCGGUGUAGGAGACUAUUGCAACCGCAGCCCAGGCGACUCUGACAGCGCCACACCGCAUCUACUCGUCUUCUCGGCCAAACAUCCAACCGCUUUGAGGGACGCGGUGGACGCAACUGAGAGGUACAUCAAUGCAAGCCGCGCACCCUUGACGGAUGUUGCUCACACGCUCUGCCUUGGGAGGGUCUCUCACAGCCACCGCGCGUUCUCUGUCCUUGGAGAACAAACAAGAAGUUCCGCGGGCCUGGAGGUGACGUACCAAGCCCAAGAUGCAGCUCGCGUCUCAUCGACCGUCGGCGUGGAACCUCAACGUGUGGUAUGGAUUUUCACGGGCCAGGGUGCCCAGUGGGCGCAGAUGGGAGCCGAGCUCGUGGACAAGGAACCCGUGGUCCGUCGGCGCAUCGACCACCUCGAAGGAGUGCUCAGGAGCUUGUCCAAGCCCCCGAGCUGGAGUCUCCGAGGUAAGAGAAGCUGCCACAGUUCGUUCACCCCUUGUACCUUGAACAUCGCUGACAGAAUCCAAAACCAAAAAGAGGAGAUCUCCAAGCCCCAAUCUGAAAGCCGCCUCUCCGAAGCCCAAUACUCUCAACCCGUCCUCGCCGCUCUCCAAAUCGCCAUCGUGGACCUGCUCCGGUCGUGGGGCGUCCGACCCUCGGCCGUGGUCGGGCACAGCUCGGGCGAGACGCCAGCCGCUUACGCCGCGGGGGCCCUGACGGCCGAAGACGCCUUCCUCCUGGCGUACCACCGCGGGGGGUUCAAGCCUCUGCUGCGGGCGGCGCACAGCGGCGGCAUGGCGGCCGUGGGGCUGGGCAAGACGGACAUGGAUCGUGGCGCGUUCCUCAGGCCCGGCGUCACGGUCGCCUGCGAGAACUCGCCGAGCAGCGUGACGCUCUCGGGCGAGGCGGACGUUCUGCGCGUCGUCAUGGCCGACGUCGAAGCGAGGGGCCCGCCUGGCGUGCUGUGCAGGAGGCUCGACGUCGAGUCGGCCUACCACUACGCCGCCCACAUGUGGACCGUCAUGCCCGAGUUUGCUGCCAACGUCGGCGGUGCGGAUGGGAUUCGCUCGGCCUACCGGCCGCUCAAGGUGCCCUUCUACUCGUCGGUGACUGCCGGCCGCAUCGACCAGGUCUCGACCGCUUACUACAUCAAGAAUAUGGUCUCGCCGGUGCUGUUUGACGGCGCCGUCCGGGCGCUGCUGAGGGACUUUGGCACGGCGCCCGUCUUCGUCGAGAUAGGACCGCACUCGACCUUUGCGGGGCCCAUCCGUCAGAUACUGCAAUCCGAGCCGGGAGGAGACACCACAACAGCAGCAGUACAUUACAUCCCCACGUUGAUCCGCGACCGACACGACGCCAUGGCCAGGCUCCGCCACACUGCCGGCAACCUCUGGCUGGCGGGCGUGGACGUCAACCUUGACGCCGUCAACCCAAAGGGGCGGCGCCUCGCAGAUCUCCCGACCUACAAGUGGCACUACGAGCCGGGCAGGGAAUACUGGACCGAGCCCCGGAUAUCGCUCGAUCUGCGCCGGGCCGGGUUCGGCCACCACGAGAUCCUCGGCUCCCGCGUUGUCGAGACGGGCGACGCCUGCCCGUCGUGGAGGUGCAGGGUGCAGAUCGAAGACGUCCCGUGGCUGCGCGACCACGUCAUUAUGGGCGACGCCGUCUUCCCCGCGGCUGCGUAUAUUGUCAUGGCCGGGGAGGCGCUGAGGCGGCUUGCGAGUGGGCUUGCGAGUGGCGUUGCACAGCCGGGGUUCUCGAUGCGGGAUCUGGAGUUUGUCGAGCCGCUGGUCCUGAGCGGCGAGGGCGUCGAGGUCGUCACGACCAUGAUGCCCGUCAACCUCAGGGUGUCAAGGAGCGUAGCGGACAAUUGGUUCAACUUUUCCGUGUCGUCACUGAGCAGCAGCAGCAGCAACAGCAACAGCAAGCAAUGGGUGACGCACGUCACGGGGAAAUGUCGAAUGGGGUGUGCCAUAGACAUGUCCCCCGAAGAGCUCAUCCGAGCGUCCUCGCAGCAGUUGCCGCGGGCCGUGGACCCGCAAGGCUUCUAUCAGACCUGGAGGCGCUACGGUCUCGAGUACGGCCCCAUGUUCCGACGGUUGAUGAGGGCCAGCUCAGACGUCGGCGAGCUGCGGGCGGUCGGCACAAUCAACACGUGGUGUGCGCCUGACGAGAGGAGACUCUACUACCCAGCCGUCCAUCCGACGGUGCUAGACUCAAGCCUGCACGUUUCUAUAGUUGCGGCCUGUAAUGGCCUGCAGAGAAGGUUUGACAGCGUCGCGGUCCCCAAGUCUAUCCGGGAAGUAUAUGUCGGUGUAUGCGGUGACCAGGCCGAUCUUCAAGUCACGGCAGUGUGUCGCUCUGGUUCUUGUCAGACCAGUGAAGUGACGGGUGUUUAUGACGGCAAAAUUGCUUUCCACAUGCGAGGACUUGAAGUAGCGCCAAUCAGCUCUGGGACAUCUAUGCAAGACCCAGAUCCCCAUGCCGGACACGUUCUCGAAUGGAAAGUCGAUGUUGACCUUUGCCGCACUGUUCUUGGCCAGCGGUCAAGCGACAACAACAACAACAACAACAACAACAACAACAAUGCGAUCAGCACAGAUCUCGCUAGCAUCCUUGACCUCCUCGGCCACAAGAAUCCCAACAUGACCAUCCUGGAAAUCCGCUCAAGUGUUCAAGGUAAGACCACCACCGCCAUAUUGAGCAGUCUUGGCCCAGGAACCCAAGCCCGGCGUUAUGGCACAUAUGUAAUUGGUUGCGUCACCAAAGAUGCAUUGACAGCCACCAAAGCUUCUGUUGGAGCCGAAAUCCCAGGACUGCAGGUUAUUCGGCUGGACCUAUCCCAAGACAGCUGCUCAGAUAACACCUUGAGCGAUUUGGCAUGCGAUCUUGUGAUUGCCGAGCGUCGAGAAAUAAUAUCAACCUCCUCGGAAGCAACAAAUGGACGCCUAAAUGUUCUAGAGAAUGUCAAAAGACUACUGCGUCCCCGUGGCCGUGUCUUGGUACGCGGAGCCUCCGGCUGUGAUGACGGCAACGGACCCGAUAUACCAUGUCAUGGUCCCGGAAUUGCCGAGUGGGAACUUCUUAAUGAGGGGGUUUGUUCACAACUCCAGCCUAGUAGUACAAGGAGCAAUCUGUCCGCAGACACGAACCUUGAGCCACGGAGCGACGAAACCGCAACUACGGCCAGCCAAUCGACAAAAGAUGGUCGAGAAGCAAAAAGACUUGGCAUUCUGGCAUAUGAUACCAGCCACCCAACAGUUCUCGACGCAGCACAACACAUAGCUGCCCACGGCAACGACUCCCGAGGCUACGACUUGGACUGGUUCUCACCGGGCCAGCUGCUCCCAACCAGUCAACCGGUCGUGAGCCUGCUUGACCUAGAAGGGCAGUCUUUCUUCGGUCAAAUGACCGCCGACAGGUGGGCCAUGAUCAAAACCUCAAUCCUCUCGCUUCAGGACACGGCCGGCGGCGAGAGCGCCAAGAUGCUGUGGGUCACUGGUCUCUCGCAGAUCGAGUGCGCGGACGCCCAGUACUCGCUCGGGCUGGGAUUUCUGCGCAGCGCCAGGCGCGAGGCUGGGGCCGACAUCGUCACGGUGGAGUUGGAGGCCUUUGACGGCGAGGGAUGGGACGCCGUGGCCAAAGUGCUCGACUAUCGCUUUGGGACGACUACCCGGGAAGCCGCGGCGCCUGUUGCGGAGGCCGUGGACCCGGAUUGCGAAUAUGUCUUCUGCCGGGGCGAAGUCAGGAUCCCAAGGUUCAGAAGAAUCGUCAUCUCUCAAGAGUUGGCCAUCAAGCCAAACGGCCAUGUCAACCGCGAUAAGGAGUCACCCCUGAAGAGGCUUGACAGUGAGCAGACGAUCGACAAUUUGAUGGCGCCGAAACCUGCAACCAAAGCCUCAGGCAGACGUCAAGCCUCCAUCAGAUCUGACAGAACCUACGUGAUCGUGGGCGGCCUGGGAGGAUUGGGUCUUUCAUCCGCCAGGUUGCUCGCGGAGCGGGGUGCACGCCACCUUGUCUUCUUUUCGAGAUGGGCCGAGAGCUACCUCGACUCACACCCCGAGAUCCUCACCGAGUUUUCCGCCAUGUCGUGCAAAAUCCAAGCCGUCUCCGGCAGCGUCGACGCCAUCGACGACGUGCGGGCCAUGGUAGCCACGGCAUCCAAUCCGCCCAUCGCCGGGGUCAUACAUUCCGCCAUGGUGCUGCAAGACGAGGCCCUCGCCGACAUGACCUUUGCGCAGUGGCAGGCCGUGCUCGACCCCAAGGUCAAGGGGGUGUGGAACCUGCACGACGCGCUGGCCGAGCAACAGCAGCGACGCGGGCCCGCGCCGUCGCCGCCCGACUUCUUUGUGCUCUUCAGCUCGCUGAACGGGCUGGGUGGGCAGAUGCGCCAGGCCAACUACGCCGCGGCCAGCAGCUUCCUCGACGCGUUUGCGCAGGUCCGUCGCCGCGGCGGGCUGCCCUGCUCCGUCGUCGAUAUCGGUCUCGUCGAGGACGUCGGGGUGCUGAGCAGGGACAGGCGGCGCCUCGCUGCCCUCCGCGCCGAGGCGCUGCACUGCCUGCACGAGCGGGACCUGCUCGACGCCCUGGAGCUGGCGAUGCUGCAGAGCAGCAGCGUGGUGGACGGCGGUCGGGCUGGCUCGUUUGUCAGCGCCGGGCAGGUCGCCAUCGGUCUGGGCGCCGUGGCUGCGGCGCGGCGGCGGGUGGCGGCAGACAGAUCCGGCUGGACCAGAGACCCGCGCCUCCUUGCCCACCACGUCGGCGCCGCCAAGACCACGGCCGGCGCGGACGGCGACGCCUCAGCUCGGCUGAGGGGGCUGCUCCAGUGCUGUGCGCAAGGCGACGUGCCCCUCUCCGUGGCGGAAGAAGCUGCCAGUCUUUUAGGGCACCAGGUCGCCACGAUUCUCCGAGGGUUCCUGAUGCAGGGCGAGGCCGGCGCGGUGGAUGUGAACGUGUCCAUGAGAAAGCUCGGCGUGGAUUCUCUAGUCAGCAUCGAGCUGCGGAACCUGCUGCGGAGGAAGUUUGGCCUGGCUGGGUUGCAGGUGCAGCACGUCCGCGACUCUGCGACGCCGGCCGAACUGGCGAGGCUGGCUGUCGACAGAAUGCUGCUGGCGGCUGGGGAGAAUCCGAGGUCUCGAAUGCCGGCUGGAGUUCCGCCUGUCUGA